UUCUAAAUCUUUAUUCAAAAACUUAAAGUGAAUUAAUAUACAAUUGAAAGACACAAAUAAACUGAUUUGCUUUUCAACUAUAUAACAAACAUAACAAACUAGAUUCGCUCAAUAAUAGCAUUAAUAAACUAAGCAAAAAACAUUUGUUGUACGGAAGACGGCAUUGUUUGUAUUUGGUUUUUUUCAUUUUAUGAUUGUGGAAUUUUCAUAUGAUAGGAAAUGGAAAUUAGCAUAAAGUGGAAUAUAUGUCGUGUUUGCCUGCAAGAGGAGACCGAUUCUAAGAGUUCUCCUAACGCUGGACAUAUGCGAUAUAUAUUUAACGAUAACAGUGAAGAAUUGGCUCACGAAAUUUACGAGUGUGCCGGAAUAAUGAUGAGACCCGAUGAUAACUUACCGCAAAAGAUAUGUCGGCGUUGCCUAAAUGUCUUAAGGAGCGCAGUGUAUUUUCGCAAAACGUGCCGGGAAUCUGAUAAAUAUUUACAGUCAGUCAUACAACGUACAAAAUCGGCUAGCACUCUGUUUAAAUUAGAUCGUAAAGAUAAUAAUCGUUUCAACUUUUUGGAUAAAAAUGCCGAAGAUUCUUCUUAUUCAUCUCAAAAUAACUGUGAAGAGGAAACGUUGGAUGAUAUUGACGGCGAAGGUUUUAUUAAGGAGGGUACGUUAAAGCGUAAACAGCGCUUUGGUCGUUUUACGCGUAAAAAAAUGAGAUCUCUAGAUAUGCCUAUUAGUUCUAGUUUAAUUGCAAUUAAAGAGCAUGAAUAUCAAAUACCGGAUUCAGGCGGCUAUGAAGAGGAAACAAAUGAUUUGACUCUUAUGGAUAUCAUAGAGAAGGGCGAUGAGGAAAAAUGUAUAGAUGAGGAGGAGCACGACGCAAGUCACGAAAACGAGGAAGAAGAUCCUACUAAAACUGGGGAAGAAAUUACAGAUGAAACUUACGAAAGGAUUGAGCGUGAUGCUCUAGAAACAUCGCACGAAUAUGAAGCAGACGAGCAUAACUCAAAUGAAACCGAUGCGGAAAAUUGCCACGAUAAUAAUUCCAAUGGUUUGAGGACAACUAGCUUUGCUAAGUUACAUAAUAUUAUUAGUAAAUCACCUACGCCCGAAGAAAACGUUGGGAAGAAUGAGACAAUCGAUGAAGUUGAGGAGAAUGGAGACAAUGCUGAUGAGACAAAUUUCGAAUCGGAUGUUGUAGUAAAAAGAGAAGAAAUUUACAUUCUAUUGAAUGAGGAACAAGCCGAUGUGCAUACAAAUAUUGAUAAUCAAGAAAAUGCAAACAUCGAGUACGUGUCCGGGGAAGAAGGGGAUUUAGAUCUAGAAACUCUUGAGGAUUUCGAAAGCGCCCAAGUUACGUCCACAGUUCGAGGUAAUGGCGAGGAGAAACCCGACGAACCUGGCGACAUUGAAGAAAGCACAACAAAUUUAUCGUAUCCUGAAACUCAUCAAUCUGAAAAGUCGGGCUUCGUUGUAACUGAAUACAUUAUACCAGACGUAACGGAAACUAAAGUGAAGAAGGAGGCCAAUUAUGUAGGUAAAGGCAAAAUUACUUUUGUCAAAGCCCGUUCAUCACGAGGUAAGAAAGAUGACGGCUUUGCUAAUAAUAAUUCUGUCGCUGUCACUACAAUUAAUUGCACGGUGUGCGGAAAUAUGUUUACCAGUCGUCAUCUAUUAAAUGCCCAUAUGCGAAUACAUCGGCAGGAGAAACCACACGAAUGCGAAUUGUGUUUUAAACGUUUUAUAACGGCGUGUAAUUUGCAGGCUCAUAUGCGUAUACACACCGGUGAAAAACCGUUUGAGUGUCAAUUUUGUGGACGUCGUUUUACCGAUCGCAGUACUCAUAUAAGGCAUGAAAGGGUGCAUACAAAUGAAAAACCAUUCACCUGCGAAUAUUGCAAUAAAGCGUUCGCUUUGUCUACAACUUUGCAGGCUCAUAUUAAAGUUCAUACAGGCGAACGACCGUACAAAUGUGGACCAUGUGACAAAUCGUUUAAAUUACCACAUCAGUUAAAAGCCCAUCAAAACACUCAUUUACAUAAAGCCGUAGAGCAAUUGAAAAUAAUUAAUUAAAAUUCAUAGUAAUAAAUUAUUCAUUUCAAUAAUAAUCAUCUCAUUAUUAA